GUUGUACUUCAUACCCAAACAGCUCAUCAAUGGCUUCAUCCGGACCCGUCAAACAGGCUGUGAAUCGGGUCCGCCCACUUCUCUCCAUCGAUCACCAGGAAGCGCGGCGCAAUGUAAUCAAGCUGUACAAAACCUGGUAUCGCCAUAUCCCGCUGGUGGUGCACCAAUACGAUAUUCCCAAAACCGUCGGAGAGUGUCGACUGAAGUUGCGGGAGCAGUUCGACAAGCACAAGGAUGUCACUGACGUGCGAGUGAUCGAUAUGCUCGUUAUCAAGGAACAAAUGGAGCUGAAGGCAAUCGUGAACAGAUGGAAACAAAAGAGUCACUUGAUGAGAUACUGGCAGGAUGGAUGUAAUCCGAAGCCGAAGGGGUUUCUCGAGCGAUUUUACGCUGGCCAUGAAUGAAAAUUAAACUAGCCGGAUGUUUAUUCAUUACAGCGUAAUAAAUACAUGUAAAUCAAUUAAUGGUGCUACGAAUAAAUUUCUAUCGAAAAA